UUUUCUUUUUCCUAUAUUUUUCAGUUUGACCAUUUAAUGAUAGGAAACAUACACUUAAUAUAAUCUAGCACCAUGAAGGCUGGCGGAUCCAUCCGCUGCUUCUUUGAUAUCAGCAUUGAUGAUAUCCCUGCCGGACGCAUCAUCUUUGAGCUCUUUGACCACUUGUGUCCUAAGACAUGUGAGAACUUCAGAGCUCUGUGUACAGGUGAGGCUGGCAUUGGUCAGGUGACGGGCAAGCCGCUGCACUAUGAGGGAGUCAAAUUCCACCGCAUCAUCAAGGACUUCAUGAUCCAGGCUGGCGACUUUAGUGCAGGCAACGGCACAGGUGGAGAGAGCAUUUAUGGUGGCUGCUUUGAUGACGAGAACUUGGAGAUUGCCCAUGAGUCGCCCUUCCUCCUGUCCAUGGCUAACCGGGGGCGCAACACCAACGGCUCUCAGUUCUUCAUAACAACGCAGCCUGCACCUCACCUCGACGGGAAGCACGUGGUGUUCGGGCGGGUGGUGAGUGGUGAGGAGGUGGUGGUGGCGAUGGAGGAGCUGCCUGUCGAUAACCGUCAUCGUCCCCUCAACUCUGUCACCAUCAAGCGGUGUGGUGAACUCCUGUCACGGCCUAAGAACAAGGAGAAGAGGAAGGCCAGGAAGAAGGCUCUCUCCUCCUCCUCAGACUCAGAUGAAGAAGAAGAAGGCAAGAGGCGCAAGAAGAAGAAGAAGGACAAGAAGAAGAAGAAAAAGAAGACCAAGAAGGCCAAGCGUCAAGUGAGUGACUCAGACGAUGAAGGAGAUAGUGAGGAGCAGGAGGAGGGGGAGCUGCUGGACGAUGAGGGGGUGGAGCCGCCCCCCACCAUCACCCGCACCAUCAUCAGGGCAAACCCCAUCGUACAGGUUAGCCAGAUCGACCCCGACGAGAUCCCCUGUGUGCCGAAGAACAGGUUCCUGUACCGCGGUGUCCCUGAGAGCAGGGACGAGCCCAGGGACGAUGAGGGACGACGACCUGCCAGGGACGUCAGGAGGGACGAGCGUCGUCCUCACGACCCUCACAAGAGGGUUAAGGGACGAGGGGCCGUGCGGUACCUGCCCCCCGCGGCGCGGUCCCGGACCCCCACGCCCCCCCACUGGCGGCAGGAGCAACGGCGCCUCGUGCCCUUCGAGAUACACCAGCGUCGCGCUGAACGUCAGCUGGAGCGCGACGCUGAACUCGAGGAGCGCAAGAAGCAGCGCGAGGAGCGACACCGUCAGGCCGCCCUGGCGUCCAUGAGGGGACGGCGGGACGACAAGGGCGUCCCUGAGGCGUCCAUGGACGACGAGGACGACGAAGAAGAAGGAGAGGUGACGAGGAGGGACGGCAAGAAACGUCCCCGGUCUGGCGAGGAGGAAUGGCUCAGGCGCGCUCAGGAGCAGGACGAGUGGAUCAUGGGGAGACGCGGGGACGUGGACGGGGACUGGAGGAAGGCGAGGAAAGAAACACGUCUUGGGGAAGACGAGUCCUUGCGGCGUGGGGAAGAAAACAAGGCACGUCGUGGCGAAGAAAAAAUUCCCCGUCGUGGGGAAGAAAGGUUCACUCGUCGUGGGGAAGAAGGGCCCAAUCGUCGUGGGGAAGAAGGGCCCAAUCGUCGUGGGGAAGAAGGGCCCUAUCGUCGUGGGGAAGAAAAAAUUCCCCGCCGUGGGGAAAUUCCCACUAAUCGUCGUGGGGAAGAUAUGGAACCGCGUAGGGAAAGCGGGCGGGAGAAGCGAGAAAGCAAAUCUGAUAAAGAAAAGAAACAAGACUACAGCGAAAAAAAACCGUUCGAGCACGACAGCGCGGAGGACUCAGAGGACGACCUGAAGGAGCGGGAGGACAUGAUGGGCGACCUCACCAAGAUCCUGGACUACGGUGACGAGAACGCCCUCGACUACGACCCCAUUGAAGACAAUGACGAGGACGACGCAGACAAUGAUGAUGGCCUCCCCAAGAUGGCCAAUGACGGCAAAGAAGAAGACGUGUCUUCCACUAAGAUGGCCGACGAGGAUAUCGAAAGUUCAAGGAAAGAAGAGGAAAAUGGAGGCAAGGAGUCUACUGGAAAAUCGACUAAGGAUGACGGCCGAGGUUCCGCUGAAAAAACGGCUAAGAUUGACGGUAGAGAUUCUACCGGGAAAACGGCUGAGAAAGUUAUCCGUCAACCUGUAAAGAAAAUACCUGAAGAUGAGAGUGGAGAUUCUUCAGAGGAAAUUUCAGAUGAAGAAAUGUCUGUGAGAAAGGCUGUGGAUGCUGAAAAAAGUUCUGCAGUCAAGCGAAAUGAAGCUGUAGAAUUGGAUGAACCUGCUGAGAAAGCAAAGAAUAAGAAGGCAGAUGAAAAAUCGGCAAAAUCUCCCGUUAAAACGAGUUCGCAUCGCAAAGAAAAUGAAGACCAUGAAGGUAAAAGUGAAGAGAAGGAAGUUAAGGGGCAAAAAAGACCAGUAGAAAAGAAGAAAGUUGCAGAAACCAGCGAUUCCUCCGAUGAAGAUGAACGGAUGACCAAAACCAAGGACAAACAAGCCAAAAAAUCCACAGCUUCACCUGGCAAAGCCAAACCCGCUGACGCCGUUGGCAAGAGCUACAAAGACGCGGAUGAUAAAGACCCUGGCAAAAAAUGGGAUAAAGACUCCAGGGCUAAAGCGGAUAAAGAUUCUGGUAAAAAAAUGGAUAAAGACUCCGCAAGAAAAGUGGAUAAAGACUCGGAGAAAAAGGAUGAUAAAGUUUCAGCACGCAAAGAGGUGAAGUCCACGCGUGACGAGGCUGUCAACAAGAACAAAGAAGCUGCGUCCAAAAGUCGCGACCAUGAGAGGCGCGACGAAAAUCGACGUCGUCAUCGCAGCGGUGGCUCGCCAGGACGCCACGCCUCGCGAGACCGAAGUCCUCAUCGCUCCCCCGAGACGAAGGCGUCGAAGUCAGAGGCCUCAAAUGCGAAGUCCGAGACCUCCAAGUCGAAGUCCGAGGCGUCCAAGUCGAAGUCCGAGGUCUCCAAGUCGAAGUCCGAGGCCUCCAAGUCGAAGUCCGAGGCCUCCAAGUCGAAGUCCGAGGCCUCCAAGUCCAGAGAGAAACGGAGGUCCCGGUCUCGAGACCGCUCGGCCCGUAGACGUCGGUCUCGGUCCACGUCCCGACGAAGGAGAUCGAGAUCUCAGUCCCGCGGUAGACGGGCUCGAUCUCCUGACAAGUCCCGCAGUCGCAGGUCCCGGUCCAAGGAUAAGUCCAGGUCCCGAAGACGCCGGUCCCCAACUCCUAAAUCCAAACGACGUCCUACACGGUCCCGGUCUCGGUCCCGCGGUCGCCGGUCCAGAUCCCGCUCGAAAGAUGCCAAGAAGUCGCGGUCCAAAUUUGCUCGGUCUCGUCGGUCCCCUAGCUCUUCGUCCUCGACUUCAUCAUCGUCGAGUGCUUCGUCCCGACGAUCGUCGAGUGAGUCUGACUAGGAAACUUCGUAGACCGACUUGAUCUGGUCCAGUGAUGACGAGGGUCGAGUUGAUCUGGUCCAGUGAUGACGAGGGUUAAGUUGAUCUGGUCCAGUGAUGACGAGGGUAGAGUUGAUCUGGUCCAGUGAUGACGAGGAUCCCAUGUGUUGAUAACAUGGGUCAAGUGUUGAUAACAUGGGUCAAGUUUUGACAACAUGGGUCAUAACAUGGGUGAAAUUGCCGCCGUAAAGAUUUUUAUUCUUUAUGUACACUUCUAAGUUGACUUAAUUUUCCGUUAUACUUUGAGCGUCGAGAAUAAUAGAGGUAGUUAAUCCUGCAACAGAAAUGUAAUAAAUUUUUCAGUAAGAGCCAUUUGUGUAGUUGCUGUUGGUAAGAGAAUGGUUAAUUUUUUAUCGGGAAAUUUCAUUUUGGGAAAGAUUUCGUGAAGGUGAGCCGAAGAAGAAGUUCUAGUUCUUGGUAAAGGCUGACAUAGUCUAGUUUUUGUUAUAGUUUUCUGAUCCAAAAAAUGGGAGACUUCCUUUUAAUGGGAAAAGGGCUCUAAAUUGGCAUAUGUAUGUGUAAAUACUGGAAAAAUAUUUGGCCUUUAGAAAUUAACAAAUUUAGCUGAUUAUGCAAAUUCGUCAUGUUACUGGAAUGAACUUGCUGGUUAGUUAAUGAGCAUUGGAUAAUAAUUUUAUUACUUAAGGAUUCAGAAUUUUCUGUAUGUUUUAAGUUCAUUAAUUUGUGUAGACCGAGUUCUUCACGGCUAUUUUUUGUAUUAAUUUCAGUCGUGAAAGAGUAACGUACGGAAAUUAGACGAGAGAAAACAUUUUCAAUUUUUUGUAGAUUUUUGUUUAUUAAAAUUGACUUUUGUCUACUUUUGGCUAUUACUUAACGUCGUACAUCUCAUCUUUAGAUCAUUACAUGUUAACUUUUUGAUCUCUCUAAAAUUUAUUAAUUUACGUGCCGUUAGACGUUUUUUUCUAAAAAUAAUGAUAAGAUUAAAGAAAAUUCCGACUUUUGGGGGGAUUAACUUUGAUGAUUUUUACCUUUAAUUUAAUACAUACUCUCAAUGAAAUGAGUAUGACUAUGUCCAAAUAUCAAUACUCUAUUUGCCUUUA